ACACAACCUGUACCAACAGCAAUGGCUUCAGCUAAGCAGAGCAAGAAGACGCGCAUACUUGUGAUUCCAUUCUUCGCCAGCAGCCACAUCGGCCCCCACACCGACUUCGCCGUCCGCCUCGCAGCGGCCCGGCCAGGAGUCGUCGAGCCCACGGUCGCCGUGACCCCGGCUAACGUCACGGUGGUUCGGUCGGCCCUCGAGCGCCACGGCCCCGCGGCGAGCGGCACGGUCAAGAUCGUCACGUACCCGUUCCCGUGCGUGGACGGCCUCGCUCCGGGCGUGGAGAACCUCUCCACUGCCGGAGCCGACGCGUGGCGCAUCAACGCCGCCGCCAUCGACGAGGCCCUCUCGCGGCCGGCACAGGAGGCGCUCCUCAGGGAGCAGUCCCCCGACGCCGUCGUGACGGACUUCCACUUCUUCUGGAACAGCAUCAUCGCCGCCGAGCUGGGCCUGCCGUGCGUCGUUUUCAGUGUCAUCGGCCCCUUCUCGGGGCUCAUCAUGCAUCUCCUCAGCGGCGCCGCCGUCGUCGGUGACGGCGGCUCUGAGUCUGAGUCCCGUGAAGUUGCCGUUCCCGGGUUGCCGGAGCCGGAGAUACGGAUCCCCGUCAGCGAGCUGCCGGAGUUCUUGAGACGCCCAGCGAAGGGCCAAGGCACGUUGAACCCUUGCAACGCGGCGAUGGCCAGGUGCCUGGGCGUCGCCUACAACACGUUCGCGGGCCUGGAGCAGGAGUACCGCGAGGCGAGCAUGCGCGUCGCGUCCUUGAAGCGCAGCUACUUCGUCGGCCCCGUCUCACUGCCGCUGCCGCCGGCCGCGGCAGGCGUCACUGAGCCUCCAUGCAUCCGGUGGCUCCACUCCAAGCCGAGCUGCUCGGUGGUGUAUGUGUGCUUCGGCACCUACGCCGCCAUCUCGGGCGAGCAGCUCCGGGAGCUGGCGCUCGGGCUGGAAGCCUCGGGGAAGCCGUUCCUGUGGGUGGUCAGGGCUGGCGACGGGUGGGCGCCGCCGGACGGCUGGGCUGAGCGGGUUGGGGAGCGUGGGAUGCUGGUCAGAGGAUGGGCGCCGCAGACGGCGGUACUCGCCCACCCUGCGGUGGGCGCGUUCCUGACGCACUGCGGGUCGAGCUCGCUGCUGGAGGCGGCGGCGGCCGGCGUGCCGAUGCUGACAUGGCCGCUGGUGUUCGACCAGUUCAUCGAGGAGAGGCUGGUGACGGACGUGCUCGGGAUCGGGGAGCGGGUCUGGAGCGGGGCGCGGAGCACGCGGUACGAGGAGAGGGAGGUCGUGCCGGCGGAGGCCGUGGCUCGGGCAGUGGAGAGGUUCUUGGAGCCCGGUGGGCCGGGGGAGGCGGCGAGGGGCAGGGCGCGGGAUCUCGCCGUCAAGGCCCACGCGGCCGUGGCGGAAGGCGGCUCGUCGUCCCGUGAUUUGCAGCGCCUCAUCGACGACCUGGUCGAAGGCAGGGCGGCUGCCGGCGUGCCGACCUCGCCGUCCGUUGCAUCCGUGGGAACGUGAAGCGACGCUGACAGCGAGUAGAGAUGGAAUUGCUGGAGUUAUUUCUGUCCGCUGUUAUUACUGUAAUGUGAUACUGAACCACGUCGAUCCUCGAUUCCGAUCACGCAAAUUCCGCAUCACAGCAUGCGAGCAAGUGCAUCUUCCAAGUUCUAGCCAACAUAAUGAAAGUGAAAUCGUCGUUGAAGAUGGAACCUAUGGACCUCUAGCAGGAGCUGUUCAGCUGUUGCCAUCUCUCCUGUCUUUUGUCCAUUGCAAAUCAAACCGCUGUGUACUUUUUGUCAACUACCGCUACCUACCGUGUAGUCUUUGCUUUCGAGCUCCUCUCUCCUUUUUUUUUUUCCUUAAGAAAAUUCCUUCAAUGUCAUCUAAACUUAUACCAAUCCCUUCAAUGUCAUCAGAUUUUAUAGCUU